UUCCUCGGAGGAAACUUUCCGCCGGCUGGUCCAUCGGCCCUUGUUCGGCCCGCGCUGCCGCGGCCUGGGAUCCGAGCCGGGCGGGCAGGUGACCGGGACCGGACGGGGCGGGAGCGGCCGGGCCCCGGGUGUCUGCGGCCGCCGGACGCGCCGGGGCCGGGCAGCGGGGAAGCGCGGCGCUGACGGCUGACAGGGGAGCUGCGCCCCCAGAGAAGCAUGGAUGCCCCCCGAAGGGACAUGGAGUUGCUCAGCAACAGCCUGGCGGCCUACGCACACAUCCGCGCUAACCCCGAGAGCUUCGGCCUCUACUUCGUGCUGGGUGUCUGCUUUGGCCUGCUGCUCACCCUGUGCCUACUAGUCAUCAGCAUCUCCUGCGCACCCCGCCCGCGGCCCCGAGGCCCCACUCCGCGCCGGGACCCCCGCAGCAGCACCCUGGAGGCCGAGGACGACGACGACGACGACGACGAUGAGGACACUGUGACUCGGCUGGGCCCCGACGACACGCUGCCGGGCCCCGAGGUGUCCGCGGAGCCCGACGGGCCCCUGAGCGUCAACGUCUUCACUUCGGCGGAGGAGCUGGAGCGGGCGCAGCGGCUAGAGGAGCGGGAGCGGAUCCUGCGGGAGAUCUGGCGCACUGGACAGCCAGACCUGCUGGGCACCGGCACGCUGGGGCCCAGCCCCACGGGCACGGGCACCCUGGGCCGCAUGCACUAUUACUGACCGGCCCCAGAGCGUACUGGAUAUGCACAGGGGCUUCGAGCUGCCCCAGGACCUUUGGACUGCCCCUGCCCACGGUGCUAUGGAGGCCCCGCCCCCACGGCUCCCCUGGUGCUGUUGGGCCUGGAUUCCCGUACCCUGGGAGACACCCUUCCCCCGUCCAGCCAGAAGGCCCUGGGGGUAGGGCAGCACACAGGGUCCCCAUCCCCUCUCUGGGGGACGGUUAAGAGGUGACGUGACCAAUGAAAGCUGCAUUCUCAGUGA